UUAAACAAUUGCAAGAUAAUUAAGUCUUCCUUUGGUUGUUAACUGUAUGCAGAAAACUUUCAGGGUUUUAUGUUAGGAUCGAGUAGUCUCAUAACUUUAGCGAGCUUUUAACCACUUGUCGGCGUUCAUGUACAUGUGUAUAUACGUAUAUUUAUUUAUCAACAAAUAGGAAACACUAAUUAGGUAGAAAUUCCUUCAUCGUCUUUGUGCCUCAGUCUAUAGGAUGAUGAAUUUUCGCCCAUCUUAAUAUGAGUUUACCUCAAUUAUUGGACACCUACGAAGGUGAAAUGUUUUUGAUUUUCUUGAUCUUAGAUUUAAACAAUGUCUCAAUUAAUAGAACUCAUUCUUCAGGGUGACGGUGAUAGAAUCCAGAAGUUUUUGAAAGAAUAUGAUAAAGACCCAGAAGGUUAUCUACGAUCUAUGAAUGAAUAUGACGAAAUGCACAAUUCUGCUAUUGAAUUAUUUACAAUAUUAGAUUCCAGGAAUUUUAUUGAAAAGGCAAUAAGCAAUGGUUAUAACGAGCUAAAUAAAACCGGAAAAAAUGGAUGCAAUUUAGUACAUUAUGCUGCUAUGUGGAAUCAUGCUGAUUUAAUAAAAUAUUUAUAUUUUGCUGGUGUCGACGUCUAUAGAAAAAAUAUUCACGGCGAAACCGCACAUAAACUAGCUGUUAAAUAUAAACAAGAAGAAGCAAUGCAUAUUUUAGAAUGGAUAGAAUGUCGUGAUGAAUUUAUUAUGCUGAUCCGAUUAGUCAGGGAAAUUUUAACAACUUCUGAUAAGAAUGACUAUACAAAAGAAGAAAGGAAAAUUGCAGAUUCUGCUUGUCUUGAUGGAGAAUCCUGGAUUAAUAAAAAUAAAGAAGCUACACUCAGCAUGCUUAAAACAAAAAAAGAACAAAUUGAAUUGAUUGUAGAACCAUUCUUACGGAAGAAAUCAUUAGUCAUGUAG